CUGGUGCUGGUAUAUCAACUAACCUGUGAAGAACGUACUCAGUUUUCACCUCCAAUUCAGGUGCACGUCCUUGCACAACACUUCGAUGUUCAAGAAACACAGAAUGUCUUCAGUACAACGGCGUUGCGAAGUGCUACAAGACAACAUGUCCCACUGAUGAGGUGUUCUCGUUAUGCUCGACCAAAUGCGAGCCAUCCUGCGAAACGAGGAAACCGGCUUGUGACCAGAGUUGCGGACCACCGAAAUGUGAAUGCCGGCCUGGAUUCGUACGUCACGAUGGGAACAGACCAACCGACAUGUGCUGUAGUGGAUAUCGGCUGUCUCCCAGGAUUUCACUGCGAGGACACGCUGACUGGCAUUAGAUGUGCGCCGAACAAAGAGCACAAACCAUUCAUCCCUCUGCAGCCCCCUCAUUGUGAUCUUAUCUGCAUAUCAGGAACUCAUUGUGAACUCGUGAAAGGGAAACCUGAAUGUGUGAUGGACGAAGCGCUGCGAUCAGGGUCUAAAUAUCAAUGUGUUGGAGUUGAGUGCCCAGCAGGUGAAUACUGUGAGCUAUUCGACAAUGCCCCGAAAUGUGUGCCACUUCCGGGUGAGUUUCUCUGA